AUGGAAGAUAACUCAUCGGAGACGGAGAGAUUGAUCAGCUCCUUCGUUGAGGUCACAUCUUCAUCGAGAGAAGUAGCUAUAUCUGUUCUUGAAACUCAUCAAUGGAAUCUUAACGCUGCUGUUUCAACCUUCACUAAGAACGAGGUUACCACCGCCGCGCCAAAUGUACCAAACCCUAACGAUGAAAAGCUCCUCCGUCGUAACCUAACUCCGUUUCCGAAUCUUCGAAUCAACAUCCCUUUUUCUUCUUUCUCUCCUUUUGAUGGCUCUUCCGAUUACACUCCGUCGCGUUCACGGUUACGUUUACUAUCACCGUCGCCACCGAGAUUUUAUCUACAGUCAAAACGCGCAGCAGCUAAUCCAUUCGGGAGACAGACAGUUAACCGCGGUCAAGACGCCGGUGAUAUUUCCGGCGGAACUGGUACUGAUUCCGAUGAAGCGCUGGAGAAUCACGGCGGAGAAGAUAAUAGAGAUAUAGAAAGAUCUGAGGAGUCAUCAAGAUCAAUGUCUGGAGAAACUGUAUCAGAUGAGUUUGAAGAAGAGCCUCAAGAAGUGGUCACGCACAUUGUAACAAGCUGGAGGAACGGCUUUACUGUCGAUGAUAGUUCGUUAAAAACGUUGGAUGAUCCGGAAAAUGCAACCUUUCUUCAGGCCAUAUCAAGGUCGGAGUCCCCACGUGAACUCGGUCAAGUCCGUGGUCAAUUCAAACUCAUUAAGCGUGAAGAAGAAAAUUUCACUGAAUCACAAGCCGAAAGAACUCUAGCCGGAUCAGACUCUGCUUCAACUGAGCCACCAGCUUUAGCUGCCUCACCAUCAAAGAGAGCUAAGGAAUCAGCUAUAAAAAGACCUGAGCAGUCACCAAGAUUGAUGUCUGAAGAAACGGUUUCAGCUGAGGUUCAAGAAGAACAACAACAAGACGAGCCAUAUGAAGUGUUCACGUACAUUGUAACUAUCUGGAAGAACGGUUUCACUGUGGAUGAUAGUCCGUUAAAGAGUUUGGAUGACCCUGAAAAUGCAGCCUUUCUUGAGAGGAUAACAAGGUUGGAGUCCCCACGUCUGCUCGAUCCAGUUCGUGUUCAAGUCGAACUCAUCAGGCAAGAAGAAGAAGACUUCAAUGAACAAGAUACAGCUCUUGCAGGAUCAGAAUCUGUCUUUACUGAGUCACAAGCUUUAGCCGCCUCACCAUCACCAUCCGAGGCUAUAGACGCUUCUAAACCAGAUGGCUCGGAAGACUACCAAAUUGUCAGCAUGGGGUCUCCUCCUACACCACUACCUGACUUUGACCAAACCAUUGAGAAACAUCGCCAACUUUGUGUCCUCAUCCAAAAUCUCUAA